ACAGAGCGCCAUCUGUUGAACGUUUAAGAUGUCACGAUUUUAGAGAUUUAGCACUACCUGAUUCGGAAAAUGAAAGGAUUCUUUGGAUAUUCCUUAGUCUAUGAUGACUAUAGAUGAUUUUUAUGUCGAUAAGGCAAAGGAAUCGUUGAUUGAAGCGUACAAAGAUCGGAUCUAUCAGGCUUUUCAUGUAAACAUCACCCUCUGUCAUGACGAAGAUAAGCUGUCUACGAAAAUAUGCAUGUCAUCCUCGGACGAAAAUGGCACAUCGAAAAACAUUAAAAAGGCGAAAACCUAUUUGGAAUCACUGACAGCUGAUGGGGAGACAUUGAGCCGCUGUAUUCAGACCCUGCCUACCUCUCAUUUCACCAUGGUCCAGGAAUUACAGUCCACCAUUGAACGCGAUUCUCAAGCCGUGGUUGACCUUUCGAAGGAAAACUCCCAUGUCUGUAUCUUUGGGAAGAAAGAAAACGUCAGCAUUGCCCAGGCCCUGAUAGAUCAGCUAGUGAAGAAACAGGGCAGUGUAGAGUCUUUCAUCAAUAUUCACACUCAUGGGAGGGACAAGGGCCUAGAAGGGACUAAGGUCCAAAAAGGGUCUGAAUUAAUACCCACAAAUGGUGACAAAGAUAAUGUAGAUUCAAUGAAUGAAAAUGGGAAUGUACUUUGUGAAGAGGAUAGGGAAACUAGUGAUGUGUCUCGCUUAAAACUACAAAGUUCAGAAAGUCUGAACAGAGUUUCCAGUGUAACUGGUGCAACUGAAAAGAGACAACUUCGGACACAUUUAGCCUUGAAAAGGACAGUGUCCGUAGGAAUGAGUCCAUUACCUUCAGAGCUUACAGCUCCUUGUAAGAGCCCCCUGACAAAAACUAUGUCUUACGGUCAUCAUGUGAAGUUGACCGAAAACUCUUUUUCCAAUUUAAAGCUGAAGCAUCAGUCGUCCUCUUCUUCAGAAGAAGAUACUACCGACGAAGAAGAGUACAACACGAAAAUAGAAUUCGCAUUAAAGUUAGGGUACUCGGAACUCCAGCUGGCUUCAGUGCUGAAAAAACUUGGCAACAAAGCUGGGCAGAAUGAGAUUCUGUCUGAACUGAUCAAACUAAGUACCUCCACUGAUCGUGAACCCCGGGGCUGUGACGAGGAGACCCCCGGUCUGUGUGCAUUGGAGGGCUCCUCAGAAAACCUCCUGGAUCUUACCUCAGAAAACUGUUUCGACCUUUCGGAUUCAAACUUUCGUCCAAUAGUCAUAGAUGGAAGUAAUGUUGCAAUGAGUCAUGGCAACAAGGAGAUUUUCUCGUGUCGAGGAAUACAGCUAGCUGUUGAUUGGUUCAAAGAUCGGGGUCACAAGGCAAUCACGGUGUUUGUACCUCAGUGGAGGAAAGAGACAUCACGUGUUGAUGCCAAAAUUACAGAUCAAGAGAUUCUAUUUCAACUUGAAAAAGAGAAGAUAUUGGUGUUCACGCCCGCACGCCGCAUCGGAGGUAAACGGGUGGUGUGUUACGAUGACCGCUACAUCCUAAACCUUGCGGCGGACAGUGGGGGAGUCGUGGUGUCCAAUGACAACUAUAGGGAUCUCGUGACUGAAAAAUCUGAGUACCGCAAAGUGGUGGAGGAGAGGUUACUCAUGUAUUCCUUCGUCAAUGACAGAUUCAUGCCCCCAGAUGAUCCGCUUGGCAGACAUGGCCCCAGUUUGGACAACUUCCUGUCUAAGGAGCCGAGACAGCCGGAGCCCCUCCCCCCAGUAUGUCCCUACGGCAGCAAGAAAUGUACCUACGGCAACAAGUGUAAGUUCUACCACCCUGAGCGAGGGAACAUGCCCCACAAAAUGGUGACGGAAAAACUAGCCGAGCAGGCCAAGCAGAAAAUCCAGGAGGUGCGGGAAAAUCGGAAGACACAGGAAGGUUCAAAAGGAAAACAACCUUUGUGUAAGAAAUCCUCUCGGGGUAAGGCGGCCUUAACGAGAACCCAGUCCCUCACCCCCAAACCUCUCCCAGACAGCCUGGUAGCUGACACACCCUCAAAGAGACUUAGCGGGGACUUUGGUGAGGCGGCCAUGGAAGUGCUGCCCCGAAACAUGGAAUACCGAGACGUGGAGAGUGAGGAGAAGUGGAGGAGUUAUAACGACAAACUUACUGAGCAUCGGAAACAAGUGGAACAGGCAGAUAAGGAGCAACAGAGGCAAAGAUCUGAAACCAUGGAAUCUCAGUUCAGUGUUAAGAUGCAGAAUGUGGAGCCAUUUAACAUGGCCAGUAAGAUUGAUCAGUGUGGUUCUCGGUCGUCCUCCCCCCGUCAGAGGUCCACUCCCUCCCCCCAGCUGAUGCCCCCUCACCCCCAGGAGAUGUUCCUCAGCGGUCAUCUGAUGCUAGCCAAGAAGUUAUCUGACGAAGCAGGAGAAACCAAGACUCAUAAGUCAGAGGAAAGGUUGUUUAACACUAGCCCUCCCAGUAAUUACGCCUGUCAGAGCCCACUGUCCACACCUGUGAAGCAGAACAAGCCUCUGACACAGCAUCCCUCCCUCAUGUUGAACCAGCAGGUACCUCCUCAACACCAGCUUCUCUCCCAGCAGUUCUCUCAUCCUGUCCCCAUGCAGCAUCAGCAUCAGAGACUUAGUAGACAAUAUUCCCUCCAAGGAUCACAAGAUCCACGCUUAAGACAGGAGUGCAUGUCUUCUGCUCAUUCCUGUAGGGGCCCUUUACCACAGGAUAAUUUCGGGGGUUUUGGAAUCCCUCAUAACACGUUUGCUGGAGAGAAUUUCGCCAAUCUGCCUCCACAGUUUAGUGGUAGGCCAGAUCAUCGUUUUCUAGGUGAGGAGUCUGAACAUGCGGCCUUGGCCAGAAUGCAGAGUGCUCCGGAAACUAUAUUCACAAGACAUGACAAUAAUUCGCACAAGAGAUUUGGACGAAUGGUCCGUCAGAAUAGUUCCUCAGACACACAGAUCCACAUGAUUGGAGAUACGGAUCUAGGACCAAGUGAAUACAGUUUGUUCCCUUCUGAAUGUGUUGAUUUUAACAGAGGAAACCCACAGAGUUCCCAGUAUUCCUCAGGAAUGACCCCCCAGCGAACUGAUCCUCGGCACUUAAGAAGUAGAGCAGUUGGCAGCUAUCCCAAACCACAAGAGUAUCGUUCACAGCAUGGGAAUGGGGAAACCAGGUGGACUUUUGAACCUGUUUUAGGGCUUGGACUCCCUGAAUAUGGAAAGGGUCAUUAUCCAGCAAACCAAGGUAUUGAUGCCUUUGAAUCUGAUUAUCCAUCAGUACCAUCAUGGCAGAGUCGGGAGAGUGUGAAAUACUCUGUUGAAGAACGGUACAGAUAUCAACAAACAUCCUACGAUCCAUUCCAUGAGAGCAGUGGACUACCGUUUUCACAGCAUAGACCUGCAGAAAGGUGCCACUCGGGGGGAUUUUCUUUCCAGAAUCAGACUCCAUCAAACAUGUGUGCUAUGUCCAAUUUCUGUGAAAAUCAACAACAUUCCAUGUUACAAAACCCUUCUGGCAAACAAAGUGUAGGAAUCAUUGGAGAGGAACAUAAACAAAGCCUAUCAAGAACAUCCUCUGCAAACUUAAGUGGCCAUCCCUCGUGUCCACAAAGUUUUGGUGCAACCUUGAAUCCCAUGGGAACGCCAAGGAUGGAGGGGGCUGGAAACAGACCCAAAUUCUCGGAGUUUGCUCCCAUUGAACCCACGGACAAGAGAUACAAUUUGUACUAUCAUUUGUGUGGACUCUUCCCCGAGCCCAAAGUCAGGAAAGUGAUGACCGACCAUCCAGAAGAAACCAGUCCUCAGGAGCUCUGUGCUCUCAUCAUUAGCUUGAAAUAAUUAAAACGAGUAUAGAUAUCAUUAGAGAUAUUAGAGAUGGUUCAAGUCUUGUAUAUAUACACAUAUUCAGCUUUUGUAAAGCUUACUUGUGAUUUUUUUUCAUAAUAUCAACUGUAUAUUGUAAUACAGAUUUAUUUGUGUGUAAUUUUUUUCCUUACACAAGUGAUAUCAAAUAUUUGUUGAAGGAAAAUCCAUGAAUUCAUAUCAGUGACAAAGAAAUCAGAUUUUUUGGUGCAAGUAAUGAACAGAAUUUUGUAUGCUAAUUUUGUUUUGUUGGGGCAGACAUAAUGUAGAUAUACUUGUAAAUAAAUACGUGUUUUAAGUAUGUUGCCAAUCAUUGCCAUAUCUUAAUGAUCUGACCAAUUGUGUGCUUCUUGUUAUAAUUAUUGACAUUUUGCUGUAAUAAUUUGUGUAAUUCUGAGCUGAGAACUUGACUGAGCUCUAUAUGAUACACGUCUUUCAUCUGAUUAUCUGGUCUAGCUGUGGAAUAGCCUCACGCACCUUAAACCUCCUCUCUAAAACCAUUGGGUCAAUAUAUCAAAGAAAAAAAAUAGUCACAAGCAUCUUAAGGGGAAAGGAGAUCAAAUUUGUUCAAAUGAAGGACUGUGCCUCCAUUAAAAGGCGAGACAACUAAUGGGUUUGUUGUUUUUCUUCAAAAUCAACCUAGCCAGAUCAGAGAAAAUUUAAAUUAAAAAUCUUUUUAAGAGGGUAUAGUUUUCUUUUAAAAUUGAUGCCUUUUUUUUUUUUUUUUUUUUUUAAGGAGUACACCUGUACUAUAAAUCUCAAAUUUUUGUAUCACCUUUGGUUUUAGAAAGUUGUUUGGCUUUUAUAAUCAAAACAGAUUUUCACAAAAUCUCGUUAAUGUAUAUGUAAUUUUUAUUUAGAAAAAUAUUUGUAAGAAAUUAAUUUUGGUAAGCAGAUGGUCUCGCAUAAUUCUGCAAAAAUAAAAUUCUCACAAAUAAGAAAUGAUUUAUAUUAGUUGAUAUAUUCAUAGCAGACACCAGAAUUAGAAAUUGAUACAUAUAUAUGUAUGUUAAAACUUGGAGAUAUUUGUUGGUAAUAUUAAAAAAAAAUUUGCAAUAUGCCUUCCAGUUAAGAAAAUGUAUGGUUUAAUUUGUGAACUUGUGCAAUAUGGUUCAUGUUUGAAAAAUUUUCAAAAGAAUUUUGUGAAUCAUUGAAAAAGAUUUUAUUACAUGUCUAUAAUUCCUUGAUUCUUUCAUUACUGAAAUGUAUUAAUUUGUUAUUUUUUCCCUCAGAUUUUAGAGGAAAUAUAUUCAUGAUGUUUUUAUUCCUAUUCUUAUACCAUUGUUACAUGUAUUACCCAGUGCUUAUUGUAUGUAGAAAUGUACAGUUAUGUUUAGGCAGUUAUUUUUUUGCAGUAUGUUUUUAAUUAGGAAUUGAAAACACACCAAUAGAAAAAUUCUCAUGACAUCUCAAAACAUUUCACUGCGUCCUGUACAAAACAUAUUUCAAUAGCAAAGAUAGGGAAAAAGUUGUCCCCUCCCUCAAUAAUUAUUCUAUAAAUAUAACUCGUGAUCUGGGAAUGCUAUUUUAUGACAGCUAAGUCUGUAUAAAAUUAUCUGCCCCAGAACUACUAAUCUGCUAGAUUUGGUAGAUACUACAUUGUACAUAUAUUUAUGUAUAUUAUGUAUUUGCUGCUUGUAUUUUAUCUAAAGAACAUAUUCUGAUAUUUAUUUGCUUUCUUAAUACAUAUUCUUGGGGACGCAUUGUAUGUUUUUUGUCUGUAGAUAAUACAUGUAUUUGAUUUACUGUUUGUAAUACAUGUAACUGUCACCAAUAGAUGUUCUCUAGAAAUUUUAAGAUGUAAAUCAUUUCUUUUCACUGAAUUUUUUUAUCUGCUAGAUUUUGUAUUUGUUUUUUUUUCUCUUAAUUUGGGAUUGAAUGACCUUUAUCUUGACAGCAGUAAAACCCCAUUAGAUAUUUUUGCAUUUAUCACACAUGUUUUUCUAGAAUGUGAUGCUACAUUCCUUGGGUAAACAUUUUUUUCCUUUUCCAGCCAAAUUUUUGCUGGCUUGAUAUAAAAUGUGAACACAGCUGUACCAUGUGUUUUUAUGGAAAUCACCAGUUAGGUGAACUGAAUGCGUAACCUCGAUGUUCGAGGAAUAUCCUAUUUUUAAAAGUGUGUUCUAUAUUGUUUCAAGUGAAAAAAAAUACGCACAUAAAAAAACACCAGUAAGUGGUUAUAACCGUACAUGUUUGUGUAUAUAGAUAAUUGUUAGUGGAUAAUAGGUAUAUAUGGUUCACCGGCAUUUGGUAUGGAAGCAUUGUCUUGAAAUCAAAAUAUCAAUUAUUUUAAACUGUGUGAAAAUAUUAAGGGUAAAUGAAAGUAAACAUUCAAAGCUGUUGGUAAUAAAAUUGAGCAGACCCUGUUUCUCUUACAAUUUGGAACUUAAAAUAUUUUGAAAUAAAUGAAUGUCUUUGAAGUAUAUUGCAUGUAUUUUUCUUACAUGUCUAUGAGUACUAAAAAAGAAAUUCAAAAUUCAGAGGGUAUAGAUUUUAGUAAAGACAUUGCUUACUUACCAGAUAGCUAGUGGCCGUAUAAUGUAUAUAAUAUUUAAUGUGAAUAUGUAUAUAGGAGGAUGGCUGUAUGUAAAUAUUAUAGGGUGAUGAUUGUAAUUCUGUUAUGUACAUGUAUAUCUGUGAUCCCAUGUUAUAGAAAAAUUAACUGUAUAAAUAAAUCUAGUCAGGAAAUGAA